AUGGGGCUGAUUGGAGAACAUCCAACUGGGAAGCAGAAUAAGAAUCAGUUACUUCUAUUCCAGCCCGAUUUGGAGAAACAUGUUUUCUGUGUAAACAUUCACCAUCCCAUUCACCAUCCGGGGUCUUUCAAGAGCUUACCUGCCUACAAUGCUUCCCAGCUUCCAACAGAGAAGGCUCUUGGAGGGAGGAAACAGCUAGAGAUGCCACCGGAGAUGCUUCAGCCUGCUUUUGAAAUAAUUACUUCCCGCUUUGAUUACCUUGUUGUGGAACAUAGGCCUGACGGGGUAUCUGAAGCACACUACACUGUAACCUACUGGACGGUCUACUGCAUGCCAGUAGCGUGCUCCAGGGCAAUUCUAGGUAAGCACAGCGCCACUGAGUUCCAUACCUUGAAGCAGGCAGAAACAUCCUGGUACACUCGGAGUUUUCACCAUGAGUUUUCACUCUGCAACAUUUUGUUUCCAUGUUACUUUGUGCUAGGGAGAAGAACACUAUUAUCCACAUUAUUAUUAAUCGCAAACGUAAACAUACAUAGGGGACAUGAAGAAGCUAUCCAAAAUUUUAUUUUUCUUUGCAUUUCAGCAAAGGCAUGGGCUUGGCUUUCUAAAACACCCCGGAGGGCUCUGUCAUAUUUUGAGCAUAGCCCAUGCCUGUGCUCUGUACUGAGUCUUUCCCAUUCUAUCACCCAGCCAACCUCACCCACCAUAUUUAGCCAGGUCCUUUUCAGACUCGGUAUUCCUUCCAUCUUCUGUCAGCUCCCGUCUUGACUGUAGAGAUCAGGCAGAGGUGAUAGGACAGGAUAGCAUUGCUAGGCAGUGGGUGCCUCCGAGGAAGAAAAAGAA